AUGAACUCACAAAGCGGCUCUCAGUGGGAUGGAUUUCGACACGUCAGUGUACCCCAUGAAGGAGGUUGGGUGUUUUACAACAACGCGACACCUGAGCAGAUCGAGAAGACCACUAAAUGCGGAGUACAGGCCUGGGCCGCCCAGGGUAUUGUCGGAAGAGGUGUCCUUCUUGAUUACUGGAGCUAUGCUAAGGAGUCGUACGAUGUGAACUCUCGCCAUCCGAUUUCUGCCAAAGAACUCAAAGCUUGCGCUGUGGCCCAAGGAACCCAGUUUGAGUACGGUGACAUCCUGAUCAUUCGUACUGGUUGGAUCGACACAUACAACAAGAUGACCCAAGACGAAAGAGUCAAGUUGACCGAGGUUCCGGCCUAUAGUCAUACCUUUGUGGGUGUCGAUCAACACCCUGAUGUUGCCGACUUCCUUCACGACAACUACUUCAGUGUUGUGGCAUCGGACUCCCCUGCAUUUGAGGUUUGGCCACAAAACAAAGAGUGGAAUCAUCACGUCAAUCUCUUGCCAAAAUGGGGUGUACCCAUUGGGGAACUUUGGGACUUGGAGAGGUUGGCCGAAGUUUGCCAGCAACGCAAACAGUACGCCUUCUUCUUUGCGAGCACGCCGAAUAACAUCAAAGGUAAGCACCUGCUGAGAAUGUCAGAUUGA